AUGGUCUCUACACAUCCAUCCAAUGCUUCAAAAAAAGUCACUCAGGUUGUCAUAGAUGCACAGCAAAAAAGACGAACCUUGGCCCAGGUACAAGAGGACAAUGCUUGUCUCCAAAGAGAAAAGGAAGACCAGGAGGCAAGGACCCACAAGGGCAUUGCCAAAGUUGCAGCUGUCCAGGAUAAACUUGCCAUCCAGGAGCAAAAUGUAAGCGCCGCAAGAAAACCAUGUCCUUGUCCUGUUGGCAAGGCUGCCGCUGCAACCAUUACCAUGGAUAUGGCAGCCACAGGACUGAAAAGAGGUGCUGCAGCAAAGGCAGCAGCGGAAGAGGUUCUGGAUGAGGUGGGUGAUGGUAGUGAGGCAAACAUGCAGAAAAAGCAGAAACAAGUGCAGAAGACAACUCACCAUGAUGCGGUUGAGGCUGUUUGUGGCACCGCAGUACCAGCUAAUGCUGAUAACAAUAACAAUGUUACUGAUGGGAUCACGGUGGCAUUGAGUUUAUGUGUAUCAGAUUCUGGCCCAAAAGGGAAUACAUCAACAUACAUACCUUGCUCUUCUACCACGAUGUUGCUGCUAAUUGAGCCCACACUUUUUUACUGGAAUUUGCUGAAUAAUUUGACUAGUGACUUGAAGAGCACUUAUAGGGGCACAGUCUCAGUGUGGGCACACAGAGUUCAGAAUCCAAAGACGAGCAGCACAUUGUCUCACUUGCCGAGGAGCAAAAAUCAUCCAACCAGUGUAUCGGGCAUCCCAGGACCUACACAACUCACCAAAGUAACAACAUUUAGCAGUGCUACUGCCGCCCCAGCGACUCCCAAAAGCUCUGAGAUUGGAUGCGAUGAUGCCCAGGUAGUAGGAUCUCUGCUAGAUGAGGAUGGUGAGCCUGAACACUUAGUGGCACAUGCCCUCGCGAGUGUGAAGAAACAGCCAAGUAGUUUGUAUACUGUAUUAGGAGCAAUGGAUGUGGUUGACAUUUGCAAUGGUUCACUGACCCCACCUCCACCUUCACAAUAUCAGUCUGCUCACUCCUUCUCUUCAUCCAUCGAAGGGGAUGCUGACAUGGGUGACGACAAAAUGGAAUCAGGAGAUGUCAUUGUUGUUGACAGUGUUAAGGCAAGCCCUGCUGCUAUGGGAAGUAAACAGGUGACAUCAAAGACCAAUGUUGAAGUAUUUGAUGAUGUGGAUGUCCCACCGAAGAAGUGUGUCAAGAAGGAGAUGAUGGAUGCCUUGGAGAAGAAAGCAACUGCCACGGAGAAGAUGAGCAAAGAAGUCUUGAGGGUGAAGUACAAGAACAGUGAUCUUCCCACUGGUUGCCAGGAUGGAAAUGCAUGGUGUGGCUUACUGAUUCCUACUAUCGCUCACGCCGCCGGUGGGGAUGAUGUCCAUCCAUGGCUCAUUGAGGAUGAUGCACUUAUUCUGAUCCUCACAAAGGCUUGGAAAGUCAUCUACGCAGGAAAGCCCAUGCUCAUUGAUCACUCUAUUGUCCCAGGAGACACUGUCUAUUACAUGGCUAAGCAACACUUGAGUGAAUGGUGUGGUGGAUUUGGUUCUGCUGCCAUCAUGAUGAUCACAAGUCUCAUGGUGGCUGACCUGCUCUAUGAAGCUGAGGAUAGCCAUAUUUCUCUUUGGGACGUUGAAUCUGACAACAAGAAGGAAUGGUCAGGAAUGUGGCAGUCAAUGUUCGUCCUGCAGACUUUUGCGGCACACCUCAACUACACCCAAGGAUGUGUGCCUGUUCCGGAGCUUAACAGCAAGGAGCCAGUUCUCCGAAGUGCACUUUCCCUUGCUGCAGCGGCGGUUAAACGAGCCCUUCAUCUUCUCGCAAGUAAAGAGAUGACUUUUGAAACAAAGAAUACCACAUCUAAGGGCAUGAAGAAGCCUUCGUGA